UUUCAUUAUUACGACGCAUUUUCAAGCUGGAAACAAACGAUUACACUAGAGUAGAGUGCAGCACUGUAAGAGCAACAAGCGAAAAAUGGCUGAAGAAAACACAACGAAAACUGCGCUGAAAAUUGCGGGCGCGGUCAUCUUACCAAAUCUGGGAGGCAUUAUCAAUGGCCAUUUGACGCGCAAGAAUUUGAAGAACUGGUAUGUCAACUUGAACUUUCCAUCGUUCAGGCCUCCAAACUGGGUAUUUGCACCUGUUUGGACAUCCCUGUACGCUGGCAUGGGCUAUGGCUCUUACCUGGUGUGGCGCGACGGCGGCGGCUUUAGCGGCGAUGCUAAAUUGCCAUUGGUCGCCUAUGCCACACAGCUGGCGCUCAACUGGGCUUGGACUCCGAUAUUCUUUGGAAAACAUAACAUCAAGGGCGCGCUUAUUGACAUUGUUGCGCUUACGGCAACGGCCGGCGCAUGUGGAGUGCUCUUCUAUCGUGUCAAUCAGACGGCCGGUCUUUUGUUUUUGCCGUAUAUGGCCUGGCUGGGAUUUGCCACUGCCUUGAACUAUGCCAUGUGGAAACUUAAUCCGGAGAAGCCCAAUCAAGGUGAGCAGGAGGCUUCGGGACGCAAGCAGCAAUAAUUGCUGAUUGAUACAGAUCAUAAGUUUUGUUUUAAAAUGUUUAUUUUUUGAUAGAAAAUGUAAUCGUCACAAAAUAAAAUCGCAUCGGCAUUAUCGAUAGGUUGAAGAGUUGCAUAUGCGGCACACUGUCGAUCAUUCUGCUUCUGCUUCAUCUUCUAGCCGAACGUGAAUUUUUGAAAAU